CUGUAUGGCUUUCGGGUGUACUGCAUUACAACAGCUGCUUGUGUCCCUGCUGCAUUCUGACUAUUCAUCCCGAGUUUCCAUAUGGUCCCAGGCAAGCUACAGCCUAUCCCAGCUGACUACAGGCAAAAGGCGGGGUACACCCUGGACAAGUUGCCAGGUCAUCACAGGGCUGACACAGACUCACGGUCAAUUUAGAGUCACCAGUUAACCUAACCUGCAUGUCUUUGGACUGUGGGAGCACCCGGAGGAAACCCAUGCGGAUACAGGGAGAACAUGCAAACUCCGCACAGAAAGGCCCUCACCGGCCACAGGGCUCGAACCUGGACCUUCUUACUGUUUUGUCCUUCAGUUCGAUCCCUGAUGUUCACACCCACUUCAAGACCCUCACCUCUGCUAUUAACAGCCCCAAAGCCUCCUACAUCCUUCGACUGGCCAACAGGCUUUAUGGAGAGAAGACUUUCCAUUUCUUAUCUGAAUUUUUGGACUCUACUCAGAAGUUGUAUCAAGCUGAUAUGCAGGCAGUAGACUUCAUUGGAUCAUCAGAAGAGUCACGAAAGCUCAUCAACCACUGGGUGGAAGAGAAGACUGAGGGUAAAAUCAAAGAUGUUCUGCAGCCAGGGAUGGUCACAGCAAUGACUCGACUUGCCUUGGUGAACGCUAUUUAUUUCAAAGGAAAAUGGAAAGAUGUGUUUAAUACUGAAGACACUAAAGAGAUGCCCUUUAAGAUAAAUAAGAAUGAGACAAAACCAGUGCAAAUGAUGUACAAGAAGAAGAAAUUCCUCUUCAACUACGUUGAUGAGUACAAGCUGCAGGUGCUGGAUUUACCCUAUGUAGAGGAAGAACUCAGCAUGGUGGUGCUUUUGCCUGAGGAGUCUCAGGAUGGCUCAGACUCCCUUCAGAAGCUGGAGACUGAAAUAACAGUGGACAAACUGCUUGAGUGGACAAAUCCAGAAAAGAUGACCAGGUGGAGUGACAUCAACGUCCAUCUGCCAAAAUUCAAGCUGGAAGAGCAGUACUCUUUGAUGGAUACACUGAAUAAGAUGGGCAUGAGCUCUUUGUUUCAGGCCAAUGUUGCAGAUCUUACAGGCAUGAGCAGCCAAGAAGGACUUUUUAUGUCAUCGGUGGCCCACAAAGCUUUUGUGGAGGUUAAUGAGGAAGGCACGGAGGCGGCAGCAGCAGCCAUAGUUGCAGUGAAUGAGUCAUGCCUGUUACAAGAGGAGAACUUCAUGGCAGACCACCCCUUCCUAUUCUUCAUCAGGCACAACCCCAUGAAAAGCAUCCUGUUCUUUGGGAGAUUCAGAGGCCCACAGUAGAUAUAUACUGUACAAUGUCAAGAAAAAUAAUGCUUGUUUGAAAGUUUGUUUUUGUAUCAAUAAAAAUAGAUGAUAUGCACAACAAAA